UAUUAGUAGUUGCUAACUUACACACGCUUGUAUGGCUACUCUUCUAAAGUUCCUUCGACUCCUCCAAAGAAAAUCCAGAAACAAGCAGCAACUUCAUUCGCGUAAUGGCCCAAGUCGCGGCGGCACAUAGUUUCACUACCAAAAAUAUAGUUCCCCUGAUAACUGGUUUUGGUAUAUCAUCUAUAACUUUCUUGAUUUUGACCGCGCAAGUCUGGAUUUAUUUCUGGAGACGUAAAAUUCGAUCUCGGGAGAACAGGCGGAACAAAGCUCUGAUUGCCUUCAUCUGGUUAAUGCAAGCUGCUCAAAUGGCAAUUACUACUCGGCUAUCAUCUAUUCAUACGAUGGAGUUAGAUGAUGCACCCCGUUUCUAUGGCUAUAUGGCGACCGACUGGGCGCUUUACACCGCAAUAUGUUCCUUCACCACGUCCCUUGUGCAUGGUGUCUUCAUAUAUAGGGUUUUCAGACUUGAGAAGAGUCUCUAUGGUAAACGGAGAAUAACGUUCGUUCUGAUUGCAUUUUGUGUCAUGGAGCAAGUUUUUGGUCUUCUUAGUGCAGUCUUCAUGUGGUCUAUCUCAAUCUCGCUCGGCUGUUCAGCAAUCAGUGAUGUUCUUAUCGCUGGAACUUUGGUCUAUAUUCUCUGCAAAUACAGGACCGCAUCGCCAGGAACUAAUCAAACGGUCAUGAGACUUAUCGUAUUCUGCUCGCAAACGGGUUUGAUUACAACCGUGGCGGCAUCCAUCACCAUUGCGCUUUGGGUGGCUUGCCGUUUCGAGAUUUUUCAUCUAUUUAUGUGUAUUCCUAUUGGAGGCUUAUAUUCUACAUGUCUUCUCGCCAACCUCAUCGCUCGGGAAUCCUACCUACAGCCACAGACAGACCACGAACCAGAGAUUUCCGAAAUCAGUCUCAGUUUUGGACCUUUCACGCAGGUGAUUCAUGUGGGCUUGCCAAACAAUAACUCCGGGCAACAGGAAACAUCGGUGAUGCAAGAAGAAACACAUUCCUCGAAAGCGUCUUCCUCUUAAGUCGAGUGGCUAUAUAUGACAAUCCAUUGGACAUAAUGUCACCAUUUCGCGAUCGGUGUUGUCGUAUUUGCCUAGAGUUAAGUUACUAUCGUACGUAUGGGUCAAGAAGUUGUUCAAUAUCCACUGUAUUUACAUUCAUCGAGGGUCGCAGUCAGACCAUUAAAAGGAACACAUAUCAUUUCCUGAUUCUUCGCAAUGCCUCCGUCCUUCUAGACUACUAUGAGACAUAUUUCCGUCGGAAUGCCGCCGUGCACAAAUCCUGUGUUCAAAUCACUGAA